UGCGCGGAUACUUGCGAAUGCCCACGUAUCAGAUACCGAUACUCCUCCGACACUUACGGGAUACCGAUACUCCUCCGAUACUUGUCGGACAAGUAUCGGAUAUUUUAAUAAUAUUUAAAUAAAUAAAAUAAUAUCGAUACUUUGUCGACACCUUUUCGAUUCUUUCCCGACACCUCAAAACCCUAACCCCUCAUUCACCAUGUAAAUACACCAUCUAUACACGUGAGACCCUCUCUCCACGCAUCCCUUCAUCGUUUUCCACGUAGCCGCCAAUUGCACCAUCGCCAUCUCCCAUCACCAUCGCCCGACGCCCAGUCCGCCUCUCCCCGAUCACCCUCCCCCUACUCCAAUCUGAUCAAUGGCGAGUGAAAUUGGUGCGUCAGAUCCAUCUGCAUCCAGCACUGCUGUUGGUACUGCAGGUGCUGUUCCUUCGUCAGGCAACAAUUCAGCUAGGGCAAGCCAAAUCUUGGCUGCUGCUCGUGUUUUUCCUCCACACGACAAUGAGAUGAAGCCCUUGUGGAGGUAUGUCGAGGUGCUGGAGAAGAUUGGAAAGGGUCAGGGAGGUAAUGCAAAGAGUAGAUGCAGACUUUGUGAUUUCAUAAUCAAUGGGAGUUACUCAAGAGUGAAGGCACAUCUCCUAAAGAUUCCAGGUUAUGGCGUGAGGUUCUGUCCACAGUCUUCAGAUCAGGUUAUUGCUCAACUUAAUAAUGAAAUUGCUAAGGCUGAGGUAGUCGCUGCUAGAAAAUUGCCUAGAGAUAUUCCAUUGCCUACUGAGGAGGGUGUGUCGGGCACGAGCAUAAGUGCAAGGAAGAGAAAGGGGGUUUCAGCUAUUGAAUCUAGCUUCAAUUUAGAAACUCGUAGCCAGCUUGAUGCUUUGAUUGCAAGGAUGUUCUACACAGCAGGCCUGCCUUUCAAUCUUGCAAGAAACCCAUAUUUCAGAAAGGCCUUCACCUUUGCUGCAAACCAUGGCCUGGGAGGCUAUGUCCCUCCAAGCUAUAACAAGUUGAGGACAACUCUUCUGUUGCAAGAGAAGAUGCAUGUUGGGAGAAUGCUGCAACCAGUAAAGUCAACAUGGAGCUCUAAAGGUGUUAGUGUGGUAUCUGAUGGGUGGUCUGAUGCUCAAAGACAUCCUCUCUUAACUUUUUUGGCUGUGACAGAAGAUGGGCCAAUGUUUUUACGAGCAAUCAACACUGAAGGAGAAGUCAAGAAAAAGGAGUACAUUGCUGAGAAGAUGCUAGCAGUAAUUGAUGAGGUUGGCCCACAAAAUGUUGUGCAGGUGAUCACUGAUAAUGCAUCUAAUUGCAGAGGUGCUGGGCUGAUUGUUGAGCAAAAGCAUCCCCAUAUUUUCUGGACCCCAUGUGUCGUUCAUACCUUGAACCUUGGGCUGAAAAACAUUUGUGCUCCUAGGAACAUUGAUGAUGAGAAUUAUGAAGAAUUCAAUUGGAUAAGUGAGGUUUCUGGAGAUGCUGCUGCGAUUAAAAAUUUCAUCAUGAGUCACUCCAUGAGGUUGUCUAUGUUCAAUGAUUUUAGUAAGUUGAAAUUUCUAGCCAUUGCUGACACGAGGUUUGCCUCUAUUGUUGUGAUGUUGAAGAGGCUUCGUGCUAUCAAAGAAUCUCUUGUGCUGAUGGUGGUUACUGAAAAGUGGAAUACAUAUAGGGAUGAUAAUGUGGGUCAAGCACAAUUUGUCAAAGAGAAGAUUCUAAAUGAUGUGUGGUGGGAUAAAGUAAACUAUAUUCUUGAUUUCACUGAACCUAUAUACUCUAUGAUACGUGCAGCCGACACUGAUAAACCAUGCCUUCAUUUGAUAUAUGAGAUGUGGGAUACAAUGAUAGAGAAGGUGAAGAAAACAAUUUAUCGCCAUGAAGGGAAAGAGCCGUAUGAGGAAUCUACCUUUUACUUCACUAUUAAUGAGAUCUUAGUGAGUCGAUGGGCAAAAAGCAACACCCCAUUGCAUUGCUUGGCACACUCCUUAAAUCCCAAGUAUUAUAGUGAGGCAUGGAUUAAUGAGAUUCCAAAUCGCCAAGCUCCUCAUAUGGAUGAAGAGAUUUCAGAUAUGAGAAACAAAUGUUUCAGAAGGUUUUUUUCUGGUGAUGAAUUAAAAAAGAUCAAGCAACAGUUUGCUGAUUUCUCUUUGUAUGGGAAUGGAUUUAAUUCCUAUGACUCAAUUGAAGAUAGAGCUCAUCUGGAGGCAAAGCAGUGGUGGGGAAUUCAUGGUAACUCUACUCCUGAGUUGAAAAGGUUGGCAUUCAGAUUACUUGGGCAGCCAACAUCCUCUUCUUGUGCUGAAAGAAAUUGGAGUACCUAUGGAAUGAUCCAUAGUUCUAUCAGAAACAGGCUGAAUCCUGGACGUGCUGAAGAUUUAGUUUUUGUACACCAGAACUUGCGUCUUCUUUCAAGGAAAACGGAAGAAUAUUACCAGGGUCCAACAGCAAUGUGGGAUAUUGGAGGAGAUACCUUUGAGUUUGACCUUGAUGGUGGUGCUGAUUUUCUUCAGCAAGCUCAACUCUCGCUGGAUGAACCAGCCAUAGAGAGUAUGCUAGAUGAUAUAGGGGCUCUCGAUCUAUCUGAUACUGCAGGAGCUCCACCACAUAACAAUUAGAUUUAUCAUUUGCAUACUAUUUUUAUAUUAUCAUACUAUGAAAUAUGGUCGUUUUGAACUA